CUUCUUCUUCUUUUUUUUUUUUGUUUUAAUUCUUCAUGAUCCUCAUUCAUGUACUUGUACCUCUUUUACUAUGUAUUUCUAUCUAUGUGCACUUUGAUUCUUGAAUGCUUUUAGAUUAGUACAAUUGCGCAUUAUAAUACAUCUUGAUGUAACUCUAAUAUGUCUAAUUCAAACUACAAUUGAUAAUAAACACUGUAUAAACUUAUUUCUUGGUUUUCUAAGGUGCAUAUCAACUGGAGUGGUAAAUCUUCAUUAAGAGAUACCGACAGGGCAAUGACACCACCUUCUGAGAAUAUUUUGGCAUUGAACAACUUGUAUCAUGAAGAAGGUGAAAAAUGCCAAGUUUCUGAUGAUGCAGAAGUGAAGAAAAAAACCCAAAGAAACAUUGGUUGGGGCCUUCGCCAGUUCAGUAUGCUAGUUUGUAAGAAGGUCGAGGCGAAGGGAAGAACAACAUAUAAUGAGGUUGCUGAUGAAAUUAUAGCAGAAUUGGCACCAUUGCAGACAAGUGCUAAUUCAUUUGUGUUUGAAGAGAAAAAUAUUCGGCGGAGGGUAUAUGAUGCAUUUAAUGUCCUCAUGGCAAUUGAUGCCAUUGUGAAAGACAAAAAGGAGAUAAGGUGGGUAGGGUGGUCUUGUACAAAAACUGCAGAACUAAAAGGAUUGAAGACUUUGUUGAAUACGUUCUUUUUGAAGGAAGUACGCAUGAAUCUAAUGAACAGCAUUCAAAGGAAAGCAAGAUUCUUAAAAGAUCUGGAAGACCAAUUUGUAGAUCACCAAAACCUUAUGUUGCGAAACCAACGGUUGCAUAAGUCAGCAAAUGUGUCUUCUCAAGGCGUUGCUCUGCCAUUUUUGUUGGUCCGAACAAAUCCCAAGGCUACAGUUGAGAUUGAGAUUUCGGAAGAUCAGCACUUUGUGAAAUUUGACUUCAAUGGAACUCCAUUCACCGUACAUGAUGCGGCUGCCAUCCUCAAGGAAAUGAGAUUCUCGCAAGCAUUAGAAACUGAGAAUGCCACCCGAAGUUCCUUGGAUGGUUCAAAUUUGAUCACUGAUCCAAGUGGCAAAUAACUGGAGACUACUUCUGGCUCAAGAAAGUUAUGAUCUUGUGGCAGCUGACAUGGACAUAGGACAGAGACUCAUCAACUUGACAUGGUGACUAACAUAUGGUAAUCUUCUAGAUGGAACAGAUUGGAAGGUUGAGGCAGUUUGUACAUGUCAUGUAAAUUGAAGUGGACCCCCUUUUUGGUACUUUGAAAAAUCUUGAAAACACUUUUAGGUCACAGAAAGGGCUUUUGGCUUUGGCUGCCUCACCAUAGCUUGUUUUGGUGGUGUUAUUUUAUAUUUUGUCCACGUCAUGGUUAUUUAAUAUGUGAUUCUUGUGGUGUGUCUC